CUGACAUAAUCAUUGAGCCUUACUCAACGUGCGGUCAAAAGGUGCGUCGUCAACAUUUGUUGACACCUCUUUCUCCCUCGUCUUUUUACAUAAGCUCUAGUAUACCAAAUCCUCCAUACGAAAUUAAGACCUGACAACGCCGCCUCCGCCGGUGCAUCCAAUCUCACCCAAUCUGUCCCAGCGCCUACCUCCAACCAAUCCUCAAGGUCUCACCGGCACCCUCCGUCAACGAAGAGUUACUUACCAUCACUGUAUUUAGGCCGUCGUCAUCAAAAAGUUCUGCCUCGUCUUCAUUGAGAAGCAGGUACUGGAUUGCAAGAUUGCCCAUCAAGGACUGGACUAAAUCUAAUGACUGAGCCUACGGGGGAUUAUUGUUGCAUAGACUAAAUUUUCGUCACUAUUGCAAAUGUAUUUUAGACUCCGAAAUAUUAUAUUCUGGAUUAUUUUGCCUACGGAAAGUCAUCCAAUGUUCACCCACGAUGCAAUUAUCCAAGGCUGUCUUGGUGAGUCCAAGGAAGACUUGGAGGUGGAUUGCCAAGCGCCCCAGCAAGUCCAUUUUGAGCACGCCUCGGAUGAGAACGAAUGGGAGCCCGGUAGUGGAAUUGCCUAUUUUAGUUUGCUGCCGCAUGCCGCCCGAGCUUGUCGAUCGUGUUUUUGGUUUGCUGACGCGCUGCGUAUCAGUCUUACCGAAGGAAGCGGGGAGUACAGUAAUGUGUUGCGGGGAGUUGCGUUGAGCCUCUUCAGAUGCUAUGCGAUUCGCUGCGGCACAGACGUUUGAGUUAAACCAUCAUUGAUUCGUAGAUGAGUGAUCCACUAGGCAAUUGAGUUUGUCGUGGCCUUCGGUCAUGAAUGGAGUAUGCCGAGCAUAGUAUAAAAAUGUGAACGGAGAUCUAUUCGAGGUUGGCCCAGGUUAAUGUCGACACGCGAGCUCGGGGUAUCGAGGUAUCAAUGAGGCUUCGAGCCGGAUCAUGAGCGCUCAGACGGGUAGCUUGGCACCGCGUCUAGAAGCCUGAGCUUGGAUGAGGUACUGGAAGUCU